UUGGUUUAAUCGGCCAGGAUACAAAUUGAGAACGAAAUUGUGAAUGUGAAUUUUUAAGUGAAAUGUUUGUGGAAAAAUUGCUUCAACGGGCCACCAAGUCGGAGCUAUGCACUGUGUUGGCUCUUAUCCUAGUCAGUUUGAGUGUGUACAGAUUCUAUGCACAUCUACAAACCUAUCUCAGAUCAGUUCUUCUAUCACUGCGUCUAUCGGGUCCACCCACAUUGCCAUUUCUGGGCAACUGUAUGCUCAUUAAGGAGAAAGACUUAAUGCGCAAACGUGCCGCCAAGGCCUUUGAUCUAUAUGGCUCUCUUAUACGUAUAUGGGUCUUGUUAUUUCCCUUUUUUGUGGUCCUCCAGCCAGAGGACUUACAGGUGAUUCUCUCGUCAAAGAAGCAUACGAACAAAGUGUUCUUCUACAGGCUAAUGCACAAUUUUCUGGGAGAUGGCCUCAUCACUAGCAGUGGCAGCAAAUGGAGCAGUCAUAGGAAACUGAUUCAACCGGCCUUCCAUCUCAGUUUGUUGGGCAAGUUCAUUGAUACCUUCGUGGAUGCCUCUCAGUCGUUGUAUGAGCAUCUGGAUGAUGCUGCAGCAGUGGGCAGUGAUCUAAACAUAGCCAAAUAUGUCAACAAUUGUGUGCUGGAUAUAUUGAAUGAGGCUGUUUUGGGUGUGCCAAUACGUAAAAAGAAUCAAGAAUUAGUGGAUAUGGAGGAAUCACCUUUUCGUCAGGGAAAACUCAUGAUACCCACUCGCUUCGCCAAUCCCUGGCUGCUUUGGGAUGGACUCUAUCACUGGACUAAAUUGGCCAAUGAUGAAUUGAAUCAGAAGAAGCGUUUGAAUGAUUUCACUCGUCAGAUGAUCAAGCGACGUCGCGAAAUUAUGGUCAAUUGCGGCAACAACAACACAGAUGAACGCAAAUGUCUGCUCGACUAUAUGAUUGAGAUAUCGGAAAGUAAUCCCGAUUUCACCGAAGAGGAUAUAGUCAAUGAGGCCUGCACAUUUAUGCUGGCUGGCCAGGAUUCAGUUGGUGCCGCUGUAGCUUUUACGAUAUUCCUGCUGGCCCAGAAUCCUGAAUGUCAGGAGAAAUGCUGCGAGGAGCUGGAACGAAUUUUCGAUUAUACCAAUCGAGCACCGAGUAUGAGUGAUCUGAGGGAGAUGCGGUAUAUGGAAAUGUGCAUCAAGGAGUCGCUUCGCUUGUAUCCCAGUGUACCGUUAAUUGCUCGCAAAUUGGGCGAGGAGGUGAGCCUUAAUGGCGGUGCCUACACUCUGCCAGCGGGUAGUAAUGUAUUCAUUUGUCCCUAUGCCACUCAUCGUUUGGCUCACAUCUAUCCGGAGCCUGAGAAAUUUAUGCCCGAACGUUUCUCACCGGAGAACGCCGAACAUCGUCAUCCGUACGCCUUUUUACCAUUUAGCGCUGGGCCGCGUUAUUGCAUUGGCAAUCGCUUUGCCAUCUUGGAGAUUAAGACAAUUGUGUCGAGACUGUUGCGUAGCUACCAGUUGUUGCCAGUGCCCGGCAGGACGACCUUUGAGGCCACUUUCCGCAUUACUCUUCGAGCCUCUGGUGGCCUGUGGGUCAGACUGAAGCCACGAGAACAUCCCAUAACCCAUACCCAUACCCAUACAAACAGCAAAAAUGAUAUGGAAAUAUUCUAAUUAUUUUUUGUUUUUUAGGCGGGGAGGGGAGAAAUUCGUUACACAUUAACUUUAAUUAGUAUGGUAAAAUAUAUAGUAAAUAUAAUAUGUAUGUGUAUAUCAAUUGAUGCAAUAAUAAUUUAAGUAUCCUUAGUCCCUAAGUGCCCAAGACCGGGGUAUCGCUGCCUCGGGUGCAUCUGAUCAAUCUAUUGUGUGGGUGUGCAUAUUCGAGUGUUUUUUCAUCGUUAAGUGGGGUUUUCAUAUUUGUUUUAUAAAAUAAAAUAAAGUUAAGUCUAGGACGUGA